AUGGACCAGGAUAAAGCCACCAACGGUGGCACAAUCUCCAACUUGAGUGCGGGCUUGAAGUCCGUGUCCAUUCAGGACCAGCAGCAGAAUGCUGUCAACCUCAAUUUGUUGCAGCAGCAUCUUCACAAUGAAACUACAAACGAAGCCACCCAGCUGAGGAUCUCUCGGUUCUUUGCCCACCAGCCCACCGAGGGCUACACGCUUUUCUCGCAUCGUUCAGCGCCUAAUGGCUUCAAGGUUGCCAUAAUAUUACUGGAGCUCAACUCUCCGUUUAACACCAUUUUCUUGGACUUCAAUCUGGGAGAGCAAAGAGCUCCCGAGUUUGUUUCCAUAAAUCCCAACGCAAGAGUGCCUGCGUUGAUUGAUCACAACAACGACAACACGUCCAUCUGGGAGUCCGGAGCUAUAAUCUUGUACUUAGUUUCUAAGUGCUUAAAGGAAACCGGUGAGUGCGCUCUCUGGUCCGAUAAUCUCAUAGAACAGUCGCAGAUUUCAUCGUGGCUCUUUUUCCAGACCUCAGGCCAUGCGCCCAUGAUUGGCCAGGCCUUGCAUUUCCGCUACUUCCACUCUUGUCCGGUCCCUUCUGCAGUGGAGAGAUACACCGACGAGGUGCGUAGGGUGUACGGUGUGAUUGAGAUGGCCUUGGCUGAACGCAGAGAGGCAUUAAUCAUGGACUUGGAUAGAGACAAUGCAGCUGCUUACUCUGCUGGAACGACUCCAUUGAGCUCAUCGAGGUACUUUGACUACCCCGUCUGGCUUGUGGGCGACCGGGCGACAGUAGCCGACUUGUCAUUUGUGCCCUGGAAUAAUGUGGUUGACCGCAUUGGCAUCAACUUGAAGGUAGAGUUCCCCGAGGUUUACAAAUGGACCAAGUACAUGAUGCGGCGUCCAGCGGUGGUGAGAGCAUUGCGUGGAGAUUAG